UGGUGGGAUGGGGUGAGGAAGAGGGUUGAGAGGAACAGAGACAGGUUGAUUUAACAUGAGAAAGCUAGAAAACCCAGAAAUGGCAGCUUUUCCUCAACUUUUUUCCUCUCCCACUCUCCUUCCUCAAUCUAAGUCUGAGUGCUGCUUUCAUCAUGGCUGUCCCUAGUUCCCCCAGUUAUAAUAGUCUGCACCUUCUUUAGUAUUCUCGUGGCCUCCUUACAUACAGUUAUCAAGCUAUCUUACAUACAAGAAGUACAGAGAUAGAAAUAUUCUAGGCCUGGUACAUUUUGGCUCUGCUAUGCUGCCUUGAGAUUUUUCCAUGUUGGUUUCAUCUUUGGAUUUGACGUCAUACCUGGAUAUUGUAGCCGUGUUACUCGCUCCAGAGGUAGAUAAUGUCUUAUUUUUUUAGAAGCCCUAUCCCCCAAGCGAAAUGCUCUUCACUUUUCCUUGCCUAGAACUGGGGCCUGUGUCCACCUCUAAACUAAUGGCUGAUGAAAAGAAUGAAAUCAUUAUUAGUAUGGUCCAACGGUUCUCAGUGUAUGAUUUGGGGAAUCCUGGAGAUCCCUCCUUUUAAAUGUUUAAGGUCAAAACUAUUUCCUAACACUAAAACAUUAUUUGCCAUUUUCACCUGUUUUCUCACAAGUGUACAGUGGCGUUUUCCAGAGGCCAUAUGAUGUGAUGCUGUAAUAAAUGGAAUUCAGAAGCAGAUGCAGCUUUCUUAGAUGCAGAAAUUAGAGGUUUGCAAAAUGUGACAUGAUGCCACAACUAUUCACUACUGGCGUAUGCCGCUUAUGGAGGGAAUGUGUUCGUCGGGUGUUGCGGACGCACCGGAGUGUGGCGUGGAUCUCCGCGGGCUCCGCGGAUGCUGGUCACCUGGAGGAGCAUUGCUUGGUCCGCGUGGUAGCCGAGGAGCUUGAGAAUGUUCACAUCUUACCACAGACCGUUCUUUACAUGGCUGAUUCAGAAACUUUCAUUAGUCUGGAAGAGUGUCGUGGCCACAAGAGAGCAAGGAAAAGAACUACUAUGGAAGCAGCAUUUGCCCUUGAGAAGCUAUUCCCAAAACAAUGCCAAGUCCUUGGGAUUGUGACCCCAGGAAUUGUAGUGACUCCGAUGGGAUCAGGUAACAAUCGACCUCAGGAAAUAGAAAUUGGAGAGUCUGGUUUUGCUCUGUUAUUCCCUCAAAUUGAAGGAAUAAAAAUACAACCCUUUCAUUUUACUAAGGACCCAAAGAAUUUAACCCUAGAAAGACAUCGACUCACUGAAGUAGGUCUUUUAGAUAACCCUGAGCUUCGUGUGGUCCUGGUAUUUGGCUAUAAUUGCUGUAAGGUGGGAGCCAGUAAUUAUCUGCAGCGAGUAGUCAGCACUUUCAGUGAUAUGAAUGUCAUCUUAGCGGGAGGCCAGGUAGACAACCUGGCAUCUCUGACCUCUGACAAAAACCCUCUGGAUAUUGAUGCCACUGGUGUGGUUGGACUGUCAUUUAGUGGACACCGAAUCCAGAGUGCCACCGUGCUUCUCAAUGAGGAGGUCAAUGACGAGAAGACUGCUGAGGCUGCGAUGCAGCGCCUCAAAGCUGCCAGCAUCCCGGAACAGAAUACCAUUGGCUUCAUGUUUGCAUGUGUUGGCAGGGGUUUUCAGUAUUACAGAGCCAAGGGGAAUGUUGAGGCUGAUGCAUUCAGAAAGUAUUUUCCCAGUGUUCCUUUAUUUGGCUUCUUUGGAAAUGGAGAAAUUGGAUGUGAUCGCAUAGUCACUGGGAACUUCAUAUUGAAGAAAUGUAAUGAGAUGAAGGAUGAUGAUCUGUUUCACAGCUAUACAACAAUAAUGACACUGAUUCAUCUUGGGUCAUCUAAAUGAAGCCACCUGUAAAGUGGCUUUCACAAUAUAAAACUUUCGGGCUCUGCCUUUCCUAGAAAAUGGAAAUUGGGAUAUGUGUAUUUCACUUUAUAUGUAUCAGUUUUGUAACUUUGACUCUAAAGACUACAUCAGGGGUAGUUUUUAAUAAAUUUGAUGGACAACUUCGUACCUAACAUAAUGCAAACAGAAUUGAGAGCUUUUGUGCCAAACCGAUUACGGCUAUAUUGUACUGGAUUAUGUAACUGCUAUGUAAUGUGACUUAAAUAGUCUUCUGCAUAGGAAGAUACAAAGAGGAUUCAUCAGUAGGAUGGAGCUUUAAGACAUUCCAUGACUACCUCUGAACUGUUAGAUCUUUUAGCAAAAUCACGAAGACAUUUUUUUCUCUCUUAAUGAAGGAGAAACAUACAUGGAUAGCUUGGGAAAUCCUUCUCUGCUUUACAGUUUUACCGAUUUUUUUAGAAGCUGUAACAAAAUUAUUAGUUUUUACUUAUUUGAUAAAAAUUAAAGAACUAUUUUUGUUCUAGUACCCCGAAGUUGCUUAGCCAAAUAAAUUGCCAAGACUAACCAAUAUUUUAUUACUUUAUGAGGAAAAAAAAUUUCCUUUUCCCUCAAUGAAGGAAUUGUAAAUGAAAAAUCCUUUUCACCUAAUUCUAUAAUAGAACUGGCAGACCAGACAAUUGCAUUACCUUAUUUUGGUUUUAACCAAUAAAACAUACCUUGGAAACUCA